AUGGCUUUGAACAGUGAAGUGAUGUUCCGUGAACAAAUCACCGCCAUGCGUCUACAAGCAGGGAGAAAGCGUGCAACUUCUCUCCAGAGCUUCUGUUCCGGAAACAACGAUGACUCGUCCACAGAGAGCAUGGACAACAUGGAGCACAUGGUUGAUUAUCCGCAACAGAAAGGAGUUAGUCGCAUGAGAACUCGGUUCAAUAGCGAUACAACGUUGAGCAAGAGUUUUCGAAGGAAAGUGAAGAGACUCGCUCAAAAAGACAGAAGAUCCAAACAAAGUUUAAAUGGUGAUUCUGAAGACGAGAUCGAGGUGGCACGCGGAGCCCCAACAGCGUAUGCAGCUCCAUCAAAAUUACGCAAGUCGAAAGCUCUUGACUGUCUUAUUUCGGAAAAGGUUAAAGAAGAUAGAGAAAAUGUCGGUGGAAUUGCUAACAUUGAAAUGGCCAAAGAACACUUUAAUAAUGUUCGUAUGAAGGUGUUUGCGGCAAGAACAGCAAUGCAGGUCGAGCCAGGAUUGGUGGUGAAGACGAAAAAAGUAAUCGAAACGAAAAGCACAGUCUUAGGAAAUGACCAAUCGCCAGGCGCAUUCUCACUUCAUGCUGCUUAUAAAAUUGCUUCUACUCCCGAUUCACGUGUGGGCUCAGUAACACAGAGUAACAAGAAGAUAACAAAAGAAGCCAUGGCUAAUUUGAUUCGCACGAGCUACGAUGAUACAGAGAUUACACAAGAUCUUCUGUUCUCUGCAAAAUUCGACACAAAAUGGAAAAGCCGUUAUACUGACAUCUAUAUCAGACGCGAUGAGAAUGGCAGAAAACCAAAACGCCCAGUAAAUGGUCAGGGUUGGGUGAUGCCGUUGAAAAGUAUUUGUGAGAAGUUUGGAAUCAAUUCAACUUUUUUCACCGAUCAUCGUAUUGAUUUGCAAUCAGCAAGGGAUCAAGUUCUUCUGAUGCGCCUUCUCUCGAAGGAUCAGACAAGCACGUGGAUUUCGGAUAUUCAUCCAGAAGCAGUCAAGAACGAAACAAUGUCAGAGUACCUUCUUCAUGACUUAGAUUCUUCCACAAUGCAAAAGAGAGUUCAAGCUUUCAAAGCAAACGUUUUGGCUGAUCGUGAUCGAGUUCGGGUGGCUGGACAAUUUUACAACAACAUCAGAAUCGGAAAAAGAAUGUUUGGAGCCGCAAGAAAAGCGAAGUUUGUUUCUACAAUAAUUGGUGGAAUGGAACGACGCUUCGAAAUUCUCGAAAAUUCUGUCAACCAUAUACCGUUUACUCACGUCGCUUCAGAUGCAAACCAAGACAAGUGCCGUAACUCACGCGUUCAUUGUAAGGAUACCACUCGAGUUUCUCUUGAGUUCCCUCAUAAUCAAUACUUUGGGGAUUUCAUUCAUGCCAAUCGAAUUUCCGGAAAACCGUUGUUCAAUGAAUUUAUUUUGACCCAAGCACCUAUGGAGAACACUGUAAAUGAUUUUUGGAGAAUGGUAUGGCAAGAAGAAGUUCCUUACAUAGUCAUGCUCACAAGCAGAAAGGAACCUGAGAGAUGUGCUUACUACUGGCCGAGGACACCAUCAGAUCCCUCUAUUCAAAUUCCUGGCGGUGUUCGCAUCGAAAAUUUUGGAGUUUAUCAGGCUCCAGAUCCUCUUUUCCGUGUUACACAUCUUCGUCUCAUUGGGCCCAACCACGAAGAACGCCACGUUGAACAUUGGCAAGGAGAUGUCAAUAAUUCAUCGAACAUGUACUCUCCAUUAAACAUCCUUCGCUUGCUACGAAACACCUCUAAACCGGUUGUCCUUCACGAUCACUUAGGAAUUUCUAGAGCCGCCUGUCUUGUAGCUGCCGAAAUUUCUAUCUGCAGUUUGCUGCGAGGACCUACUUACAAAUAUCCUGUGCAACGAGCUGUUCAAUUUCUCCGUCAACGUCGCCCAUUUUGCAUAGAAACUCCUAUGCAGUAUGUGUUCGUCCAUCGUCUCGUCGCAUUCUUCUUCCGCGACAUUAUCGGCAGCGCCAAAGAGUUGGAUAUGGAUUAUGAACGGUGGUUGCAAGAAAGAUCCGAGAGAAUGUUUCUUGAUGAUAUUGCUGCUCCAAUUGCUGGAUACCGUUUACUCUCUCCGAAGGCUGACCCUGACAUUGUCCGAAUGGUUGGAAGGCCGGAAAGGCCGAACUAUAGACGCGAAGCACCAGAUUGCGUCGGAGAAAUGCCAAACAAAGUAACUACUGCCGAAGGAAUUCUCUCGCCAGCUAAAAGUGUUUUCGAAUUCUGA